AUGGCUCCCAUAUCGACUCCCCUUCUCGCCUCCUUUUCCCUUCUGGCCGCCCUCGCCCUGGGAGCCCCGGCCCCAUCCCCGGCCCCGGCCCGGGAACCGCAGGGUCUCGGUCUGCCUAUUAUGAACGCUGAUGCCAAGGACAUCAUCCCAAACAAGUUCGUCGUCGUCUACAACGACACCUUCGACGAUGAUGUCGUUGCCACGCACGAGGCCUACUGGAUCGAUACCAUCGCCAAGCGCAACAUCGGCAAGCGCUCCCCCAUAGACAACCGCAUGCUCAGCAUGACAGUCCACACCUUCACCAUCGGCAGCAUGCGAGCCAUGUGCCUCGAGGCCGACGACGCCUCCGCCCUCGAGAUCAACAGCGCCGACGAGGUCUCCUACAUCGAGGCCGACGCCUAUGUCCGCCUCAAUGCCCUCGUCACCCAGCAGAACGCCACCACCGGCCUCGCCCGCAUGUCGUCUGCACAGGCCGGGGGGUCCACCUACACCUUUGACGACUCGGCAGGCCAGGGCAUCACCGCCUUCAUCGUCGACACAGGCAUCAUGGAGGAGCACGAGGAGUUCGAGGGUCGCGCUACCUUCGCCUUCAACAGCGCCGACAACAUCAAUACCGACGCCAACGGCCACGGCUCCCACGUGGCUGGCACCAUCGGCGGCAAGACUUUUGGCGUUGCAAAGAAGGCCACUCUGAUUGGCGUCAAGGUCCUGGACGCUCAGGGAGCGGGCACCAACUCGGGGGUCAUCGCAGGCAUGAACUUUGUGGCACAAACAGCCAGGGCUAACGGCCUCUCGGGGAAGUCGGUUAUGAACAUGUCUCUGGGUGGCGGGCGCUCCAACGCUGUCAACCAGGCCAUCAACGCCCUCCGUGCCGCAGGCGUCGUCCCUGUCGUGGCCGCUGGCAACGAGAACGUCGAUGCCCAGAACGACAGCCCCGCCUCCGCCCGCGGCGCCAUCACCGUCGGCGCCAUCGACCAGACCACCGACCGCCGCGCCCCAUUCAGCAACUUUGGCCAGUUCGUUGACGUCUUUGCCCCUGGCGUCGACGUCGAGAGCGUGGGCAUCCAAUCCACCACCUCCACCGAGACCCUGAGCGGGACGAGCAUGGCGAGCCCUCACGUCGCCGGACUGGCGGCGUACCUGAUGGCCAAGGAGAACAUCACCAACAUCGAUGCCGUUGCCACCCGUAUCACGGAUCUCGCUGGUGCGACGCAGGCCCGUGUCCUGGGGAAUGUAAGGGGCACGACGCCGCUGAUUGCCAACAACGGCGCGAUCUGA